UCGGAGGAGUACGGUAACUAACAUCGUGACACGGGAAUUUUAUAUGUUAGAAGAUUAUCUAAGAAGUCUGGGGUCUAUUCCGAUAUUUCGUCAUUACCUACUUACUUGAUUUCCUGUAGAUAAUUUUACCCUUUAAAAAGUACCUAUGUUUGAACAGCACGUGGACUCAAAUGGCUGUUUCGUUAAAGUUUUUUUUGUUUUACUUUAUAUGGUUUUGUUUGAAAUUUGUUUGUAAGUGAUUGAAAGAGUUGCACAAUAUUGUUACUGUUUCAAUAUUUAUAAAUAAACAUUCAGCUGACUUAGGGGUAAAUUGUGUAAAUUUGCGAGUUCGGGAUUCUCGGCAUUAGCUAGAUAAAAAAGACACAUUAUGUAUUUACGUCCAAAAAUAAAUAGGUAUCGCUUUUGAUGAUUCAGUUAUUAAGGCCAUUCUGUUCGAUUAACAUAAUAAUACUGUUCUUAAAUACCUAGUUGAGUAGAGUUGCCGUGAAUUUACCUUGCCUUGGGUAGUAAGGUAUGUUAGGUAGGAUCUCCAAGUCUAGCUAAUGCAAGUAAUGUCUCAAGUGAGGUCGCUAAUGUAGAGUCCAAUAAAAAAAUCCCUUUAAAUUAGACCAUAUUUUAUAAUUAUGUAUACUAGGCUAUAUAUUUAUGAUGUGGGUGCGAUGACGUCACGCUCACUUUCCCAAUCCAGUCUAGUUCACUACUAGAUUUAAUUGAACUCACAAACUAAAUGAAACAGGAAACAUAUUUUUUUUGUGUGUUAUGUUAAACUGAAUAUUAUUAUUAUAUUAUCCGUAACUUUAAUCUUUUUGUGUACCUACGGCUAUGUUCUACUUUCAGCAGAAGAAAAUCUGCAGGUUUUCCCUUUAUUUAGGCCUGAUUGAUAUUUUACGCAUGCAGUGACCUCACUAUUGCCAGAGAUAAAUUGAUGUUACGUGACGUAGCCUUAUUUAUUCUUAAUUUGUUCUACUUUCAGCUUUUAUUCACAGUUCUUGGGAUUAUCUUGCAUUAUUAAUUCAUAACUAUAAAAAUAAUUUCUGAAAAGAAAAUGCUUUUAUGUAUAUCUCUUAACCUAUUGUUUAUUAUCAAUGUUUUGUAAUAUUCUGGUAAUGUAUUUAAUUAUGGAGGGGUUAGAAGCUUAAUAGUUAUUUGAUAAUAAAUAGAUUAUUUAAAGUACAAGAAACUGUAAUAGUUUUUGAGUGGGCGUGUGGUCCGUUCUAUUUUUGACUUCUUGAAUGAUUUACGUAGGUAAUGACGCUUCAGUAAAUUUUAAAUGAAAUCGGUGCCCUAUGACCUUAAGUCUUAUUAAUUAAAGUGCAUGUAGUAUACUGUGAGGUUGACUCCUCCCUCAUGUAACGCGCAUGCGCAUUUGACAUGUACAUCUCUAUAAAAGCUCAGUAAUUGGCGAGCAACUCGCAUUCCCGCCAGAACAUCAAAACGAAUUAAACAGUGCACAGUUAGCUUUGAAGUUUUAAAGUGAACAGUGGCUGGGGAACAAGUCGGCCAAAAUGAGCGACGCACGGGCAAGCAUUGGGAGGCAUCGCGGCUGCCUUUUGCUUGUCGCUGCCUUAGUAGUGGCUUUCUCCUCGUACAUUGAGCAGGUGGUGGGUUUGCCUGCUGAACCCAUAAGUCAAUGGCCUUCAUUUCCUAGAAGGAAUAUAGCAGCUUUAGCCAGAGAUGGGUACUUGAGAAACACUGCAUCUAAAGCGUAUAAACGAGGCAUUUCCACACUUGCCAAAAAUGGCUUAUUGCCAACAUAUCGCUCGCCUUACGUUGAAGCCGAAAAACAAGAUCAGAAUCAAGAUGAGACACAGGAAAAGAGGAAUGUGGCGUCCAUUGCCCGUCUCCGCAGCUACGCAGCCAUGAAAAGGAACAUCCAAGCUCUCGCUCGGGAUGGCUACCGCGUGGGCAGAGGGCAGUACAACCCCUCAAAUGACAAACGCAACAUCGCAGCUUUGGCGAGGAACGGCUUGAUUCACAAGAAAGAAGAUGCCAACGAGGAUGAGUACUACUUCCCAUUUUACCAGAACCCUAUCGCACCGGUGUCUGAAAUUGAUCAUCCAUUUGAUAUCAAUGAAAUGUACGAUUACCAACAAUCAAUUAAUCCCGAUAUGUUCCCGUCUAUGUCUCAAGUGUAUAAGCGCAGUCAGUAUGAACCGUACUACGACUAUUACAAUCAGAAAGAUUUGAAUGACAACUAUUUCAAGAGGAGCUUCGCUGGUAGCCCAGUGCACGGGCUGUACCGACCUAACUACUUCGAACCGACUUCUAGAACCAAGAGAUAUGUGCUGUCACUCCCUGAUAACGUGGAUGAGGACGAAAUGAUCGAUCAAAACGAUAUUGAGGCUGGAGAAAAACGCUCCGUAGAUCAUGACGUCAUUCGAGAUAAUUUCGAAAAGCGUCAUAUUGGCUCGCUUGCUCGGUUAGGUUUAUUACCGUCCUUUAGGUACUCAGGGGGUCGGUACAGUAGAUCAGGAAGAGCCAGAUUGAUUUUGCCUAGCCAGGAAUUAUACAGGAAGCAUUCCCCUGACGAGAAUUUCGGAAUUAGGGAAUAUCUCUCUAGUCCCGAAGCUGAGCCAGCAGGCAAUACAGACGACGCCGACAUACCGCCGCCGCCAGUACCUGCUCACUCGCACCCGACCGGUCGGCUCCUCCACCGACCGCUAAACAACGACCUCCCGACAUCCAACCCUUUGCCUUCACCACCCCUCACAUCCACCAACUAUGCAGAAAUGUUUGCCAAAAAUCGCUGGCAAUCCUACUCCAAAGAAACGCCCAAAUUUUACUAUUUUCGAUCCCUAAAAGUCCCAUACCAUACCUCUGGCAAAAGGUACUUGCUGCUCCCGGCCGUCGACAACAUUUUGCUGCGGAAAGGCUACCGCAACAGCAGUCUGCCAAGUCGCCGUAAGAAUCAGUAGCUGUGCCAGUGUCCGCUAGGCGAAGCCACGCUAUACAGCUCCGGCUACCCUAGCGAAUGAACAAUGAGGUGCAUACAAGUAUACUGGGCUCUCCUUUCAUCCAGUCUUCACUCAAUUCAAAUAAUAUUAAAAAAAAAGAACGCCUCAGAAAAACGCAAAGAACCUUAAAAUAAUUUAUUAAAAUUGGGUGAAGAAGGUGACUUUGACUUAUUUUUUCUGAUCGUUGUCAAGACGUAGGGAACAUGGAUUUUACGAUUAUAAUUAGACAAUAAUUUUGAAAAAUAUGAUAAUAAAAUAUACCUAUUUGUAAUUCAUAUAUGUUAAAUGUUGUGAUUACUCUCUUUAUUAGUUUAAAUUAAAGUUAAGAAUUUAAUAUUAAGUGAUCCCAUUUUUACAAAAUACGACUUUGGCCAGCUAAAUACAGAAAUCGUGCUUAUAUCUUAACGGUAGAUUAAUUUAAGAUGUCAAUCGCAAAUAUAUUUAAUGAACUAGUUAUAAUACUUUAUGCCGAUGGCUAUAUCAAAAUACAGAUAAUAUUCUAUAUUGUUAAAGGGACAGACAUUACCGAAUGAAGAGAAAAAUGAAUGUGUCUAUUGGAAGAGUCCAUUAUAUUGGAAAAAUAGAGUCAUAUUUAAAGGUAUCUUUAUCCUAUCAUUCUAUAGACUAGAAUAUAUUAAUGAGCUGUGUUUGACAAAUAAAAUUAUAUUUUCGAAAUUUCGUCGAUGUUUAUUAUGAAGCUUUAGCUUUAAAAUGAAGGAUCAAAGUUUUGAUUAUAUAAAACUUAAAUUAGAACUAUUUACUGAUGAGAAAAAUAUGUUCGAAAAAUCGACAAUAAAUAUCUAAUAUGACCACCAGCUGAUAAUAAUAUUUAAAUUAAUAGUAUAAUAUUUGUAGUGGGUAGUAUUUAUCUCUUAACUUUUUAUGAUAUUUAUAAACAAUCAAAGUAUUUUGAAAACGAAUAUUUAAACUCAUUGAAUUUAGUAUUGUGUUACUGUAAAUAAAGAAACCCGUGCCAAAUUGUUGUUUUAUUUUGAUAAUUUUAAGUACCUUACACAUUCGUACUGUACCUUAUUUAUUAGUACCCUGGGAUUAUGGCCUCAAUUUCUUCCCUGUAAAUGAGGCCUUCUUUUUAUCAUUUUUAUAUCUUGACUAUGCAAUUUAACACAAGCUACACAUGGUAGGAAAGAUGAUGAUGGAAAUCAUAAAAUAACACACCAA